AUGGGCGGACAACCGGCAAAGAAGAGGUCUGCGGACAGCCAGGCCAGGUUAAAGGCCCUCAGGCCAGCCAAGAAGCAAAGGAAGCAGCGGGAGUACCACAGCAGCGACUCGGAAGACGACGCCCCGCAGGACGGAGGAGACUUCAAGGCGGUCAACCUGCUCGACUCGGACAACGAGGACCUCGACAAUGUAGAGGUAGACGACGUGCCCUCGGGCUCCGGGUCAGGCUCGGACUCGGAUUCGUCGUCAGCACCGGCCUCGAGCAGGAAAGCACCCAAGGCUGCACUCAAAAAGUCAAAAAAGCAACAACCCAACCAGAAAUCCCACGACGCACCAGAAUCAUCGUCCGACAACGAAGACGAAGAAGAUGGUGACGACGAUGAAGACGAGGACGACGAGCUCGAUGCAGACGGCAACAAGGCAACCGGCGCGAACCGCCAGUCGUCCAGGUCGAAGCGCAACGACCCGGCCGCCUUCGCCACCUCGCUCUCCAAGAUCCUCUCAACCAAGCUGUCCACGGCCCGGCGCGCGGACCCGGUCCUCGCGCGCUCGGCCGCGGCGCAGCAGAGCGCCCGCGACGCCGUGGACCAGGCCCUCGAGAACAAGGCCCGGCGGCGCCUGCGCGAGCAGAAGCGCCUCGCCAUGGAGAAGGGCCGCGUGCGCGACGUGCUCGUCGCCAGCACGGCCACGGGCCUCGGCGGCGGCGGCGGCGGCGGGGAGGCGGACGGGCUCGCGGCGGGGAGGAGCGGGGGCGAGACGGAGACGACGGCGCAGAUCAUGGCGACGGAGAAGAGGCUGCGCAAGGUGGCGCAGCGGGGCGUGGUCAAGCUGUUCAACGCCGUGCGGGCGGCGCAGGUCAAGGCCGCCGAGGCGGAGAGGACGGCGCGGGCGCAGGGCGUGAUCGGCAUGGGCAGGCGGGAGGAGAAGGUGGCCGAGAUGAGCAAGAAGGGGUUCCUGGAUCUGAUCGCGUCUGGUGGAGGAGGGCUCAAGAAGGGGCCUCUGGAGGAGGCGUAG